AUGCCGUCUUGGGUGAGACCAGAUUUUGACGUUUUGCCACGGCAGUCGACGUUGCGAGAUAAGUGCGGUCAUCGUGUUGGUGUUCCGAUAUCAUUGUUCCGGCGAGUCCAUGGCAGAACUUCAGCAGCGGGACGGUGUAACUGGCAUGGUCAAGCUUUCGAGGGCGUCGAUGCAGCGAAAGGCCAUCAUCUUUCUUUCGGAGGGAUUUUUUUUGUCUUCACUCCACGUACCCCGGCUACUAUGUCGUACUCACACGCCCCAGAGGAUCCCUCGUUGGACGAACCAGCGUCAGGACAAGCAGCUCUCUUGUCCUUCAUCUCCCGCUCCUCCCUUUCAACCAGCCAGGAAGACGACGCACUAUUACCAGCACGCGACGAUGACCCCGAGCCGCACAACAUUCUUCCAAUGCCUUCCCACCAUCCCUCAACCACCCUAACCUUCCGUCAAGACGCUGAACUUCGUGAUCCGGUCCUCCACAAUUCUUUUCUUGGCAUAUCCGAACUGAAUGAGCAUGCCGCUAGACGCGCGAGAAUGUUAGAACAGCUGGGCCAGUCCGAGUUCAAAACUCCUUCGUUUUCCGAUUCUGUCGCAGUGGCAACUCCUUCGUUUUCCGAUUCCCUCCCGCUGGCAGGUUCGUCUUUUGACUCGGAGCGUACCGUCACGCUUCCAACCGAAGUCAACAACAAAAGCCGCUUCAGAUCAUUCAUAGACCGCAUCAACCGACGUCAAUGGAGCUUCCUGAGCAAUGAAGUCCACGGGACCAUCACCUAUAACAAAGAGGAUAUCUCACUAUACCAGUUCGUGGAGUCCUUCAAAGAGGAAUUUUCACGCAGAUCAUGUACCCAAAUGGAAAUUGUCACCCUGAUUGCUGGCACGCCAGAAGAAGAGGAGCCUGUCGCAGCGAGGUUGAAGGUCAAGGAACUUCUCGUACAGGCACCCUUUAUGGCUUCCUCACAAAGAAAGCAGGCCGAAUACACGCGACAUAUGUUUGUCUACUUUGUUGACGAAAAAAUCAGCGAGAUUCAAGACAUUGUCGAUGGAGCCGAGAAGCGUCGCCAGUCGCCCAACAUUGUGCCAGUUCCCAAGUUCAGGCCCCCACCGCCUCCGUCUUCCAUCAACCUACGGCAGUUUUAUGACGAUUAUAUCGCGUGUAUCAACGGGAAAACCAUGCAACAAGACUUACACCAGUACUGCAAGGAGACGGUGAUAUGGAAUGGAGCGGAAAUGGCUCUGAACCACUACGGCCAGCUGAUGGAGAAUGCGUUUGACGCUAUUGCCGGCCUGCAGUUUGUGCCACGGACCGUUCUGAUCGACGAGGCGAAGCAGCAGAUUGCUGUCCGUAUCGAAUUUUCUGGGCUGCCCAUCAAGCCAUUUGGUGGCGCUACGCCCAAUGGGCGCCGGGUGCAUUUCGCUGAGCAUGCCUUUUACUGGCUCGAGCAUGGCAAGAUCUCGCAUGUCUUGACGAUUGUCGACUGGGCGGAUUUCAAGUCGCAACUUAAUUAUUAG